AUGGCUGUCAUUUCAACUUUACUUUCCGAGACGUCAAUCACAAGCAUUCUCUCUAAGGUCCUACUCGCCUUUCUUGCUUACUGGGUCAUUGAUAUUCUGUCUCAAUAUAUCGCUCCCAAAAAUCCCAAGGCUCCUCCAGCUGUUCCUUCGUGGAUUCCAUUUCUCGGAAAUGCUGUUGAUUUUGGCAAAGAUCCUAUUCAAUUCCUUCAAUCUUGUCAAAAGAAGUAUGGUGAUGUGUUUACCUUUCGUCUCUUAAACAAGCGCGUCACUGCAUGCCUUAGUCCUGAUGGUAACCAAUUCGUAUUUAAUGCAAAACAAAACAUGGCAUCUGCUGCUGCUGCAUAUAACCAUAUGACCAAGUACGUGUUUGGCAAUGACGUUGUAUUUGAUACGGCACAUAGUAUUUUCAUGGAGCAAAAGAGGAUCAUCAAGGGCGGGUUAAAUAUCGAGUCAUUUCGAAAAGAUGUGCCUUUAAUUCUGGAAGAAUGCAACAAGUUCUUUGAAUCAUUUGAAAAAACUGGCCAAGUUGAUGCUUACAAGAUGUUUGGUACCUUAAUCAUCUACACUGCCUCUCGUACACUUCUUGGGCCAGAGAUUCGUAACGCAUUAGACAGUGGUAUUGCACAGCUCUAUUAUGAUCUCGAUCAGGGAUUCCGUCCUAUCAAUUUCAUGUUUCCGAAUCUACCACUUCCAUCCUAUCGUCGUCGUGACGAGGCUCGUGAAAAGCUAGCCAAGAUCUAUUCCUCGAUUAUUCACAACAGACGAAAAAACAAUAUUCGUGAGAACGAUCUCCUUCAAGCUAUCAUGGAUGCUCACUACAAGGACGGUUCUUCUAUCCCGGAUCAUCAGAUCUGCGGCAUUUUGACUGCAUCUCUUUUUGGUGGUCAACACACAUCCUCUACAACAUCUGCCUGGGCUAUUCUGGAACUUGCCAGUCGACCUGAUAUCGUAAAAGCGCUCCGAAAGGAAAUGAUUGAAAAACUUGGCUCACUCGAAACCGAUUUUACCUAUGAUAACCUUGAGCAACUGACGCUACUGGAAAAUGUCGUCAGGGAGACACUUCGCUUACAUCCACCCAUUUUCAACAUGAUGCGCCGUGUCGUUGCAGACAAGAUAGUCUUUGAAAAGUAUGGCCUGGAAAUUCCCAAGGGCGAUUACCUUUUGGCUGCACCAGGCGUCACUCAGAUCGACGAGACCUAUUUCCACAAUCCUAUGAAAUGGGACCCUUACCGCUGGUCCGAAAAGUCUGAUCCUGUGCAUCAACUUGAGGUGGGUGAUGAUGCCAAUAUCGACUAUGGCUUUGGUGCCGUCGGAAUUUCGUCACGUAGCCCUUUCCUCCCUUUUGGUGCUGGACGCCACCGUUGUAUUGGUGAAAAGUUUGGUUACCUUCAACUCAAGACCGUCAUUGGUACCUUUGUAAAACGAUUUGACUUUGAAAUUGUAUCAGGUCAUGUUCCAAAACCUGAUUAUACGUCGAUGGUUGUUGUGCCAGAAGAUAGCAGAAUCCGUUUUACACGUAGAUACUAA